AUGGUCGCGACACAGCCUCAAGCCGGUACUGCGCCUGCCAAAGGCAAAUCUCACACACCUCAACCAGUCCGUCCAUCGCAGGGUCCCUUGAAAUCGACCUGGCACCGACAGGGCAACAAGGAAGGUUGGGGGCUGUUCCAUUGGCUCAUCCACUUGGUUGGCAUCGACCCGCUUCCUCCAGCGUCGACCACCAUUGUGCACGACAAGGACGACCCCAUCCCCGUGUGGGACCACCUCAGCGGGCAUCUCUACAUUUGGUCACGCUUCGGCCUCGCCUUUGCAUUGCAAUACGCCUACACUCGCUACAUGGGACACAACUUUGGCUUACUAGCCAACAUACUCUACUGGGGCACGUUCGUCUCACUCUACGGCAUCAAUGUCAUUCACAGCACUCGCAAUCUCUCACAACGGAUCGGCUUCCUCCAGCCACACAAGGCUCGCGACGGCAUCCCUGACCAUCGUGUCGGUGAGGUUCUCCGAUCUCUGGCCAUGACCGGCCUUCUGCGUCCCGUUGCUGCUACUCUGCUCUGCUACGAUCCCAAGCAAGCCAUAACGCUGUCUCCUUGGCUCCCCUUGCUCGUACCUGGUUUCGCCGUUGCCAACGACUUCUGGUUCUACUUGUAUCAUCGAGCCAUGCACGAGUCCGAUGUGCUAUGGCGCUUUCAUCGCACUCAUCAUACUGCCAAAUUACCCACCACGGUACUGGCUCUGUACGCGGAUACGGUGCAAGAAUGGGGCGACGUGCUGGUCAUCCCCGUCUUGGCGUAUCUGACGGUUCGACUGGCGCUUCCGAUGGGUUUCUACGAUUGGAUGCUGUGCUGGUCGUACAUCGAGAUGCUCGAGCUGAUUGGUCACUCGGGCAUCCGCUGUGCCGGCGGCUCGCCUAUCUUUUGUUUCGUGCCGCUUGCCAAGUUUGACAUGGACAUUGAGAUCGAAGACCACGACCUGCAUCACUCGAACGGAUGGAAGAAGUCUGGAAACUACGGAAAGCAGACCAGGAUCUUUGACAAGCUGUUUGGCACCAUGAUGCCCCGCGUCGAGACGCUCGAUCAUCUCGUCGACUGGUCGGACAAGGUCUGGUUGCCUCAAUGGUAG